AUGCCCAACGUCGUCGUCGUUACCACCGAAUCGGACGACGACGACGACGACGCCAUCUGGAUACCGCCUGAUGAGGCAGCUGCUGCAGACAGCAUGGAAUUGGAAGAUGAUGAGCCCACCUGUUACGAUGCCCGAGCCGGAGGUAGUACAUCCUACUGCACAGAUGAGGAUGACGGAUCCGAUGAUGACGAUGAUGCUACCACCAGCAGCAGUAUCAGGUGGUGCCAUGCUGAUCAGUCCUCCACCAACGCCGCCCUUGCUGCCGACAGGGAGGAACGGCAGAAAGCCAUGCUGAGAGCCAUGAACGGGCAGCUCAGGAUGCUCGCCGCUCGCUUUCUAGAGUCGGCUGGCAUUGGCAUUGACACCACCAGCAACAGCAACAGCAACAGCUGCUGCUGGCUUGACAUCGUCACCUCCCUCUCCUGGGAAGCUGCCCUUGUGAUCAAGCCUGAUGUUGGCACUGCUGUAGGCAACCAAAUGGACCCUUCCUCUUACAUCAAGGUCAAGUGCCUAGCAUCUGGUACACCCCGCCAAUGUGAGGUCGUCAAGGGCUUAGUCUUCAGGAAGAAUGUGGCUCAUAAGCACAUGCCCAGCAAAUGUCGCAAUCCCAGGCUGCUGCUGCUUAGUGGAGUCCUCGGCCAUUCCCAUGUUGGCUUCUCAUCAUUCAGUUCCAUAGAGCAGGAGAAAGACCAUCUAGACAAGUCUGUCUGCAAAAUGAUGGAGAUUUGCCGCCCAGAUGUCAUCAUGGUCGAGAAAACGGUUUCACGCGACAUACAGGAGCUUCUUCUCAAGGAAGGUGUCACUCUAGUGCUUGACAUGAAGCUCAACCGGCUGCAGAGGAUUGCUCGCUGUUCUGGCGCUCCCAUACUCUCGUUUUCAGAGGUUCUCAGCAAGCCAAAGUUGAAGCAGUGUGACUACUUCCACAUUGAAAAAGUGACGGAGGAGCACAACCUUACCUGCAGCACUGGAGUUGGAAAGAGGCCAUCUAAAACAUUAAUGUUCCUGGAAGGCUUUCACAAGCCAUUGGGAUGCACGAUAUUGCUUAGGGGAGCAAAUACUGAAGAACUGAAGAAAAUCAAGCAAGUCAUGAACUACACAGUGUUUGCAGCAUACCGCCUCGUUCUUGAGACGUCCUUCUUCGAAGAUCAGAAACUAAUCUUGAACAAUAAGAAUUCUUCCAAAGAAGAAGUUUCUGUCACUAGGAGGGCGGGACCAUCGUCACUAGGAUCAGUACAGGAAUCUACUGAUGGGGUGCCAGUUACCAUUUCUUCUACAUAUUUCAAUGCUCUAAAUUCACUCGAGAAGAACUUCCCUAAUCAAGCACUCCUUCUGAAGGACUAG